AGACACAUACUCGUCGUUUCACGCGCUGCCUUGUUACUCUUUCAGUCUUAUUAUAAAUCUUUCAUUUUAUAACUUUUUACAUCAAUUCAAUUUCCAGCCUAACCCCGUCAUCUCAUCUCAUCAUAACACACUAAAGUCCUCUCUUGACUUCUCUCUCUCCCUUCAUUACCUCUUCUCAACCUUCUUCUUCUGCUUCAUUUCCUCCAAUUUCAAAGGUGACAUUCUCCAAGGGAAUUUGAAUUACUUCAUAUUGUCAUGACUUGUUUUGCUUUCUUAUUUGGUAAGAAAGUGUCUUCUGAUAUAAGAAGAGAUCCUGAAAUUGAUGAAGGACUUUCCGGGAUUCGAAUAAAAGUUUAUACCUACAAAGAACUCAAAAAUGCCUCGGACAAUUUCAGCCCGGCUAAUAAAAUCGGGGAGGGUGGUUUUGGUUCUGUCUAUAAGGGAGUACUAAAAGGAGGGAAGUUAGCUGCUAUUAAAGUUCUUUCAACUGAAUCAAAACAAGGGGUGAAGGAAUUCUUGACCGAGAUUAAUGUGAUUUCAGAAAUACAGCAUGAAAAUUUGGUUAUACUAUAUGGUUGUUGCGUGGAAGGAGAUCACCGAAUAUUAGUCUACAAUUAUCUCGAGAACAAUAGCCUUGCACAAACCCUUCUAGCUGGAGGUCACAGUAAUAUCUACUUCGAUUGGCAAACGCGAUGUAAGAUAUGUAUUGGAGUUGCACGCGGACUUGCCUUUCUCCAUGAAGAAGUACAACCACAUAUUGUUCACAGAGAUAUAAAAGCAAGCAAUAUUCUCCUUGACAAAGACCUUACACCUAAGAUUUCAGAUUUUGGUCUCGCAAAACUUAUUCCAUCGUAUAUGACUCAUGUCAGCACACGCGUAGCAGGAACAAUAGGCUAUUUGGCACCGGAAUAUGCAAUAAGGGGGCAGUUGACUCGUAAAGCAGAUAUUUACAGUUUUGGUGUCCUCCUUAUAGAGAUAGUCAGCGGGAGAUCUAACACAAAUAUCAGACUACCAAUUGCAGAUCAAUAUAUUCUAGAAACGACAUGGGAGCUUUAUGAGCGAAACAAAUUGGUACAAUUGGUAGACAUAUCACUAAACGGGGGAUUCGAUCCAGAGGAGGCUUGUAAGAUUCUGAAGAUUGCCCUUCUUUGUACUCAGGACACGCCUAAGCUCCGGCCAACCAUGUCUUCUGUGGUCAAAAUGCUCACCAGAGAAAUUGAUAUUAACGAAAGUAAAAUAACAAAACCGGGCUUGAUUUCAGAUGUUAUGGAUCUUAAAGUUAGAGGAGCUAAGAAAAAUAAAGACAUGGAGAGUACAUCUUCAUACAAUGCUUCAUCUGGCUCAGAUAGCCAGGGAACUACUACUACUGUGUCAUUGGCUGCUUCUUCAAGUACUGCAACAACUUCAACAUUCAUUAUAAAACAUGAUAAAAGCAUGUAACAUCACUAAUAGUCUUCAGUAAUUUUUCACAUUGAUCUAAGAUUUUUUGUUUAUUGAGGUGUGUUAUCUCAUGUAAAUUUGUUGUCAAUUCCAUAUUUUUGUAUGUUAAAUUUAUUUAAUACUGUGCCACUAGGAAGUUUUGUAAAAUGUACUAUGUUGUUGCCUUUUUCCUAUGAAGGUUACAACUGAAAUUGAAGAUGUUUUUUUAUUCUCUAAAAAAAAAAGAGAAUAACUUGUUUUUCA